AAAUCAACACCUCUCUUUCUCUCUCUCUUUAUAACUACUACUUCCAAACAGAAAACAUUUGCAGCCCAUUUUUAGGGCUUGCAGUUAUCAAGAAUAUUGCAAUGGCCUGCAGCAUGGGGAGAAGAGCUAGCUCAAUCGGGCUUUUGAUUGUGUUGUGUUUAGCUCUGGUCUCUUGCGGGGCCAACGCUAGGGGUGGCCGCGGUGGUCGUGGUCGUGGUCGUGGCGGCAGGGGCAGAGGCGUUCCUCCUAAUGUGGUCACGGGGAAAGAGUUUAACGUCUUGCAAUUUGGUGCCGUGCCCGGAGGAAGAGAGGAUAGCACCGAGGGUUUCAUGCACGCAUGGAUAGCAGCAUGUUCCUUCCCGAGCGCUGCUCGGGUGGUUAUCCCCCCAGGGGUUUUCAAAGUGGCCGAAAUCAUAUUUAGUGGCCCAUGCAAAAGCCCGACUCCCAUUGUGGUACAAGUUAUGGGGACCGUAAGAGCGGACUCGGAUCUUUCUAAUUACCCCGAUAAGGGAUGGAUAACGGUCACCCGCGUCAACGGAAUCAUGAUCCUCGGCGGAGGGACUCUCGAUGCCCAAGGCGCGAACAUGUGGAAGUACAACGAUUGCAAAAGGAAUUCCGACUGCGUCCAUCUCCCUGCCACUCUGUAUCUGGUAAAUGUCCAGAAUGCCCGCAUCCAGUGGGUCCAUUUGGUUAACAGCAUGGGAUUUCACAUGCAUGUAUCAGAGUGCCAAGACGUUAGGGUGAAUCAUGUUGACAUUACUGCCCCUGCGGAGAGCCCGAACACCGACGGGAUCCACGUUAGCAGAUCUCAACUUGUCAAGAUUGGAACAACCAAUAUUGCCACCGGCGACGACUGCAUCUCUGUAGGGCAAGGAGCCAUGAAUGUCACUGUGAAGAAAGUUACAUGUGGUCCUGGACACGGCUUUAGUGUGGGAAGCCUUGGGAAGUUGCCUAACGAAUUGGACGUGAGAGGAGUCAUAGUCAGGAACUGCACCUUAACGGGCACAACCAACGGUGUCAGGAUCAAAACAUUUCCGGCGUCAGAUCCGAGCAGAGCUUCAGGAAUCGUGUUCGGCAAUAUUGUCAUGAACAAUGUUGUGAAUCCCGUCAUCAUCGAUCAAUAUUACGGUGGCAGACCCACCGACAAGCCUUCUCGUGUGAAGAUCAGCGAUGUUACAUACCAAGACAUAAGGGGAACAACAACCUCACCGGUUGCAGUCAACCUCAUGUGCAGCAAAUUGGUUCCUUGUCAAAACCUGAAAUUAAUCAACAUCAAGUUGAGGUCCAUUGCAGGAAUGAUCAGCUCUGCAUGCACGAACGCCCAAGUCGGAUACACUGGAAUACAAAAUCCACCACCUUGCAAGAGAUGAGAUUCUUGAUUGAUUGAUUGAUUGAGGAGAUUACAUUCUUACAAACAAUAAGAUUUGUAGAAUAGAGGGGAUCGAUAUUUCGGAUAUGGAGUACUGUUAAAUUUCUAGUUAUGUUUGCGCGUUAUUUUUGUUUCUUGUUCUUUGGUUUUCAUUUGGAAUGCACAAGUUUCGUGAAUAAUUAAUGUUAUGAUCAAUGUUUAUAUAUCGAAGAGACGU